ACAGGCCAAGUUUGGAAUGGAAUAUGAAAUCUCAGGUAGUCCAACAGAGAAAGCAAUUCUUUCAUGGGCAAUUGAGGAUUUGAAUAUGGAUAUGGAGGAAAUUACGAGGAAAUGUUCAAUUCUUCAUGUUGAGGCUUUCAAUUCACAGAAGAAAAGAAGUGGUGUUUUAUUGAAGAGGAAAGUUGACAGCCCUGUCCACGUUCAUUGGAAAGGAGCCGCAGAGAUGAUUCUAGCAAUGUCUUCCAGUUACUACGAUGCUUCUGGAAUCAUCAAGGAUCUUAAUGAUAGUCAGAAAUUGGAAUUCCAACAGAUCAUUCAAGCUAUGGCAGCGAGCAGUCUCCGGUGCAUAGCUUUCGCACAAAGCAGAAUUCAGGCAGAGGAGGUUGAGGAUUCAGAUGGACAUAAAACAAUGAAAGAAGACGGUUUGGUUUUGUUGGGACUUGUGGGUAUUAAAGAUCCAUGUCGUCCAGGAGUGAAGAAAGCUGUGGAAGAUUGCCAGUACGCCAGAGUCAACGUCAAGAUGAUCACCGGCGACAACGCUUUCACAGCGAAAGCCAUAGCUACAGAGUGUGGAAUACUUAGAGCAGAGCAUGACAUGAAUGAAGCUGUAAUAGAAGGUGAGAAGUUUAGAAACUACACAGAAGAAGAAAGAAUGGAGAAAGUUGACGAAAUCCUUGUGAUGGCAAGAUCAUCUCCGUUUGAUAAACUCCUCAUGGUUCAAUGCCUCAAACAAAAAGGCCAUGUCGUCGCAGUCACUGGAGAUGGAACCAAUGAUGCACCGGCAUUAAAAGAAGCCGACAUAGGACUCUCCAUGGGAAUCCAAGGCACAGAAGUUGCAAAGGAAAGCUCAGACAUUGUCAUCUUGGAUGAUAACUUUGCUUCGGUAGCUACAGCACUAAAGUGGGGUCGAUGUGUCUAUAACAACAUUCAGAAAUUCAUUCAGUUUCAGCUCACUAUGAAUGUUGCUGCUCUUGUAAUCAAUUUCGUGGCCGCAGUUUCCGCCGGCGAAGUUCCAUUAACGGCGGUCCAAUUGCUGUGGGUGAAUUUGAUCAUGGACACAUUAGGUGCUCUGGCCCUAGCAACAGAGAAGCCUACCAAGGAACUCAUGGAUAAACCUCCGGUGGGUCGGACUGCGCCUCUUAUCACCAACAUCAUGUGGAGAAAUCUUUUACCUCAAGCUAUGUAUCAGAUUUCCGUGCUUUUGAUACUACAGUUCAGGGGAGAAUCAAUCUUUGGAGUAGAUGAUAAGGUGAAAGACACUUUGAUCUUUAACACUUUUGUUCUCUGCCAAGUUUUCAAUGAAUUCAAUGCCAGGAAGUUGGAGAAGAAGAAUGUGUUUAAAGGGAUUCACAGGAACAGAUUGUUUAUGGGGAUCAUUGCCAUAACCAUGGUUCUUCAGGUGAUAAUGGUGGAGUUUCUGAAGAAAUUUGCAGAUACAGUGAGAUUGAGUUGGGGGCAAUGGGGAAUAUGUAUUGGAAUUGCUUCCAUGUCCUGGCCAAUUGGGUGGGUUGUCAAGUUCAUUCCUGUUGCAGAGAAGCCAUUUUUCAGUUAUUUGAAGAUCAAGAAGCACUUCCGAUGAAGAAGGAUCAUUCAUAUGAAAGACUUAGAAUUAGGCCAACAGUUAUUUUUAUUUAAAUCCUUUGAUUGUAUUUAGUUUUCCAGUUUUAUCAUUUGCUGGAUAUAGAUAUAGGCUUUGCUGUCGAAUGCUAUUUCAAUCAUAUUAUUAUGUAAAUUGUUGGUUCCUUUUUGACAUAAUUAAA